AUGUCUGACGACGUUCUAGAUGGCACCCUCGGCCCACUACUUGGCGUCGAAGGCUGGUUACAGUCUUUGCGGGGCAAAGACCAGCCCAACUAUUAUGCACAGACGGGGCAAUAUGCUGAAGAGGAUUCUCACCUAUUAAAAUGCAUACGCGAUACUUCCUUCACGGCAUACUGUGGCGCAUUUAAAACAUCGCAAAAUAGUCCACUGAAACAACCGUCGAUCGGCCCACCAACAACAGAAGAUAUGGGUCUCAUUGCCAGUAAUGCUUGCAAGGAAACAGAAAACGAUGAAUCUGAUGAUCCUGAAACCUCGGCCGUCACCGCUGUUAGCGAGACCUCAACGACAUCACGAUGCAGCGAUACUAUAUCACCAAAACCCGUGCAGAAAGAAAAUGGUGUCUGCACUGGUCACCCAAGACGUAGAGGGCGACCGCCAUCGUCAUCUCGGGUCGAACCACCUGAACCUGCUAAAAAACGUCGUAUCCCCAAAGCAAGUUCCCCUGGACCGCCAAAUGUUCUAGAUGCCACAACAUUCGCAAAAAAGUUCUUUGGUCUUGCCGAUGAAAUGCACAUAAAUUAUCAUUGGAACAAGUUGGACCUUGAUGUGUUAGAAUCUGCUCGACACCGUGGACUAGAACCAACAACACUAGGACAUGUGCUACGUAAACGCAAAAAACUUUGGGCACAGAUACAAUGUAUACACAAAAGUGCAAAAGCGCACUUUGAAAAACACAUGCGUUUAUACCAGCGACAGUUUGAAAGCUACAACAAAUCUAGCGAUGGUUGGGUUAACGUAAAUGUAGAACACAAACCAGACCCUGUUUUUCUAAAAGCCAGAACAUACUUAACCGGGGUGCAAAAUGUAACCAAAAUAUUGACACCACCGAGUAGCGUCGCAACACAGGGUAGCGGUCAGAAGGAGCUAUCUGAUGGUCCUACAGCUGGUAGACGACCUGGGCAUCCUAAAAAACCUGCAGUUAAAGGGGUAUAUAAUUGGAAUAACGUCAUAUAUUACCCUAAUCUAAGUGAUUCGGGAGAAGUUAUACAUCGUCAUGCUCGCAGGACACUUCGUCUAUAUAAGAACUUGUACGACUGCUUAGUACACGGCUGGGUGCAUCCUGGUUUAGUGGUUUGCGAAGUCAGAGAUGUAACACAUCCCAUACGUUUCGCGACACCAACGGACCAGGACUGCUUUACAGUGGUUUACGCUGGACCCCGAAUACCAGAAACUGCUACCCAAAGGGUUGUAUUCGGUGAAUAUACAGGGGUCGUCUACCGUGAAGAUUCAUUGGAGGAUACGUUAUUUGAGUAUGCAUUCGAACUUAAUUUCUCGCCAUCUGCUUGGAUUAAUGCCGAUUUUGAGUAUUAUAAGGAUUCAGCUGAUAUCGAGGAACAUGACAAUAUGGUCAUGCUCCCAAAUACCUCAAAGUUCGUAUUAGAUAGUAGCCAAGCAUGUAAUGAGCUAAGUUUGGUUAACCACUAUCAGUCGAUAAAGGUAUAUGGCGGUGAGAAGUGGCCAGUUCCAAACUGCGAGUGGCAGCAAGUGUUUCUCGACGGUUGGCCGCACGUAGUGCUCACGUCGAAGGUGGGUGUCGCUGUCAACCCUGGUGACGAACUGGUUGCCGAUUUCGGCGCUCUUUGGUUUUCAAAGGUGGAAGAAACUGCCCACAAAUAUAUAAGAAAUGAAGUUAUAGGUUAUAGACUUGGACGAGUGGCGGCCCGUGCAACGGCUCUGCAAUUGGAAAUGCCUCAACGUCCUCUUAACAAAAUAGAUGUAGGAUUGAAACCCAAUACUGUGUCUACAGCCGCAGCUAUGUGUGCUAUAUGCUACAAAACGGUCGAGGAUCAAAGUGAAAGUUCAACAUCUGAGGAAACGGAACUGGAGUCUGAGUCAGUAUCUUGCGAUGGAUGCGAUCGUUUCUUUCAUAUCGAUUGCAUACGAAGUAUGAACGCAGCGUCGGCUUUGCAUUUGGUCAGAGAUGGUUUGCGUCCUACAUGGGCACCUUCCGAUACCUAUAAGGGUAUUCCUCUAGGUUCCGGUAAAUUUUACUGCAAUUUUUGCAGACAUCUGGCUAAGAAGAUAUUUAUGCACGAUGCAGGAUGUGAUUAUAUGCCACUUGCCCAUGAUUAUAAAGAUUCACUCGUGCCUCAGCAGUUUGUCUCUUCCUAUACGAAGAUGGAUUUAACUAGCUGCUUUGACAAUAAGCGUAGGAAUGUAGAUGGAGAAGAAAGACAAAGACGAUUGGUUUUGAGCGGCAAUGUUGAUUUUACAAUGUCUCGAUCGUCGGCACCACAUUUUUUGAUGCGACCACUUAAUAACCCUACGCUGUUUGAUUUGGCCAAGGCUGGGCAAAACACACCACGUUCAGAGAACGACAGUGGGCAGGCAUCACGUGGAAAUGGUAAAUUGGGACAUUUGGGAUUGUCUCCUGUGGCUACCACUGAUUCGGCUGACCCUUUGUCCGCAUUACUGAGUAAUGGUACCACUAUCGUUCCUUCAUCAACGUCGUCAUCAGAUGAUUCGUCCCAAUGUAAGAGGUGCCAACUGAAAUCAAUGCAAGGUGCAGUCAUAGAUUCCAUCGAAACCCCUAGAACAGUUGAAGUUGAUGUUCUGGACACCCUGCCGCCUAAUACUGACAAUAGAAAGGUACCCCAAUCGUGCUCAUAUGCUAUGGAUAAUGACAAACAGCGUGCUUCUAGGCGUGGUAAUGAACGCCAACUCCUACGUCCCAAUAGUUGUGGGAUCCCAACGGUUGCCUGCAUGGUUCAUUCAAGGCACGAAAAGGAUUCAAGGUUGUGUAAUGGUGUCAUAGCACUGGAUAACAUGCUGGCCGUGGUGUCUCGGUCAGCUACUGCUGCGAAAUCGAAGACUGCCAUCAUAUCCGAUGAGGGUGGCGGGAAUAUCAAGGGUUUACUUGAAUGCGAAGUUAAUAUUGUGAAAACAACCUCCGAAACCAAGGACCGCAGCCCUAAAUCAUCAACGUUGCCAAAAGGUUCGAAUAUCCCAGACGGGGAUAAAGAAAAUAAAAAUGAAGCGCAUUCAGAUUCUAACAGUCAUGUUGAGCAAUCUGUGAGGGUUGAGGCAAGAAGAAAGCGUACGUCACAAUCAAAGUCAAAUGAUGUUCCCUUGGAAAAGGUAAUUUCCACUGCGAAUAUUGGUCGUGCUGCAGACUUCUUUAAGGCCAUUGAGAGACGACCUAAUAGUGUACCUAUUCGUAGGCUUCCAGAUCGAACGGUUACUUUAAAGUUAAACGAGGAUACUACUUUGGCGGAUUAUCUUGGUUGCAAGUACCUUGCUGGAAUGUGGCAAGUUGAGCCUUUUGCGCUAUUUGGAGACACUGUCCGGGUUUGUACGGAGUGCUACAAGAACAACGGUUCAAAGGCUAAUGUAUACGUCUGCCGUAUUCUUAAGCGUCAUUUAUCUGGGAAUUUUGACCAUCCGAUGAACACCACUCCGUCCCAGAUCCGUGAGCUUGUACUCAUGGCCUAUGACCAACACGUGCAUAUGUUGUUGAGGCUAUUGGUGCUGAAGAACAUUGCGAUAAAGUUUAUGUGCAGGUUAUGUUGUCAUUUCGUCGGUCGGCAAUUAUUCCUUCGUAAGCAAGAGGGUCAUCCUCCACUUCCAUUCCCAUCUAGUUUCAUGGGCCAGGAUUCAGGACCUCCUGAAGGAUUAUUGGCGACCCCUUUCGGUCUGGUGUCAUCCAACAAUGGUGAUAAUACUCGCGUGCUUCGGCCACAACAGAGGAAGAUUUUGCAGUCACACCUAUCUUCGUUCGUCACUUCUGUGAAGAAUGCAGUGUUUAGUGUACCCGUAAGCUCUAAGUCCGAACCAUCUCUGAGCUAUGAUCUUUUAAAUGCAAUGGGUGCGUUUAGCGACGAGUUUUCUCGCCUGGCUAAAUGCGACGAUAUUGUGCAAUACCUCAACGACCUGAUGUCACACAAGGUAUUAGAUGCGGAUAACAUCCCAGGACAAUUGCAGCAGAUGUUGACUAAGGAUGAGUUGAAUCGUUUUAUGGUGUUCCGUCACUUGUCAGAACGUUCUCCCAGUCCUUUUGGUACUACCCACACCCCGACCGUCCAAGUGAAGAAACGGUACCGUGGCGCCACGUUCAUGCCAAUACUUGGCGUAGUCCCUAAUCGAACUUUUAUCUAUCGCCAAUUUAAGGAUGGAUAUUACAAGGGCACGGUGACUGAAUACACAGAGGAUUCAUCUUCGGGUAAGGUAUCGUUCCUGGUGUCCUACAGUGACGGUGAUGAUGAGAUGCUAAGUCAUGAUGAGUUGGUAAAGGAGGUUCUGGACAACAUACAAAACAUCGAGAAUGUGAUUGAAAAUCUUUCGCCAAACGACAUGCACAAUGAGGAAUUACUAAUAAAGAUUCAUGGCCGGGGUGAUAAGUUGGCGUCCGUCAGUGAGACUGUUCGUCGGGAGUUAGUGCGGAAUCUGAGUCUACAUAGAGGUUCGGAUUCUGGCAAAAAGGGUGAUUCUCCCAGCAAAAAUGCACACGUUUCUUCCAGUCGCCACGAAGAUCGUGAAGGCACACCCAAGGGAGGUGACAAGCGCAGGCGUGUCAGUGACACUGGAUCUUAUGCUGAGAUAAAGCGUAGAGGCACUAAGGCGGCCUCUAGUUCUCGUAUGAAGUCUAUAAAUGAUGGUGAAACUACCGAUACAGAUAUGUCAAGUUAG